AUGGAGGAGAUACUGGGUAAGGACUUUGAAAGCUUCCACUCGGAUGGCGAAAGCUUCCACGCAGAAGGCGAAGAAUUCGACCCCCCGGAUGGGCAGGAGGCGGUCGGGUUGCACCACCAGGCAGUGGAGUAUGUAGGGUGCUCAGUUGACGACUCGACAACCGCAAAUGGCGCGACCGAAGGCGAAACCGGGAAACAAGGCCUGAGGGAGGGAAGCUCGUUGGAGGAAAAGCUGGUGGGGCAAACCCGUGAAAGAAAAGCGCGUGUGGAGCUGAAUGGCGGAGCUGAAGGUUUGCUUACGCUGACGUCCGCAUCCGAGUUGUCUUGCGGCUGUACCUGCCAUGACGAAGAGGAGAAGUUUACGGUGUUCGCCGUCCUCCAUGCGUCACUGACCAGCACAGUGGUCGGGUGUAUCGGCCAGACCAAGUCCUUUCCGGAGCGAAGGGUGGCUAUCAAGGUGGUUCACAAAGAACGGUGUGAGAAGGAAGAACUAGAGUCCGUCAUGCAAGAGUCGGAUCUUCUCAGAUCCCUCAAACAUGAGAACGUACUUAAACCAAUAACUACUAUUGAUGCCGAGAAUGACCUAAUAACAUUUUUGCCAAUGGCGGAGUUUGGAACUUUGAGUCAGUACACUGAAGGAUCACGUUUGUCAGAAAGAGAGGCUAAGAUUAUCACGAUGCAGUUAGUGAAUGGAUUGAGCUAUUUACAUUCUCGGGGUGUCGUGCAUUGUGACAUUAAGCCUGAUAAUAUUCUGCUUUUCGACCGAGUUGGAUGCUCGUCGGAUAUGCCUUUCGACCGUGACAACUUUCUCUAUCGUAACGCGUUUCAGCCGAUUCAAGAUUGGGAUCGAGUUUUGGUUAAAGUGACGGAUUUUGGCUUGUCGAUGAAAAUUGCUUCUCCUAAGACCUGCGUAAAAAAUACAGGUCUUCGGGGUAGUUUCGGAUACAUUGCUCCUGAAGUAAUGAAAGGGCACGACUACGAUUAUAAAAUCGACGUAUGGGCGCUGGGGAUUGUCCUGUACUGUUUAUUGGCCGGCUACGCGCCGUUCUAUCCGUACGGAGAGUGUCUACGACACGGCAUCAACUUUUCUGAUCGGUGCUGGUCGAGAAUAUCCAUCCCGUGCAAGGACUUCGUUAACACUUGCCUUCAAGUGCAUCCACAAAACAGAAUCAAUGCUCGAAUAGCAGCCCGCCAUCCUUGGCUCAUGUCGACCCAUAAGCGAGCAACCACACCACUUUAA